CGCCCCGUACGUCGCGGCGCGGCGCUCACUGGGGGCCCGGCUUUCGCCCGCUGCUGCCGCCGCCGCCGCCGGCCGCGGCUGCUCUCCCAAGAUGGCGGCUCCUCCGGGCGAGUACUUCAGCGUUGGGAGCCAGGUGUCGUGCCGGACGUGCCAGGAGCAGCGGCUGCAGGGCGAGGUGGUAGCCUUCGACUACCAGUCCAAAAUGCUGGCUUUAAAAUGUCCCUCUUCCAGUGGAAAGCCCAACCACGCAGACAUCUUGCUCAUAAACUUACAGUAUGUUUCAGAAGUGGAAAUAAUUAAUGACCGAACAGAAACCCCUCCUCCCCUAGCUUCACUCAAUGUUAGUAAGCUUGCCAGCAAAGCACGGACAGAGAAGGAGGAGAAGCUGAGCCAGGCCUAUGCAAUCAGCGCUGGUGUCUCCCUAGAGGGCCAGCAGCUCUUCCAGACCAUACACAAGACCAUUAAAGACUGUAAAUGGCAAGAAAAAAACAUCGUAGUCAUGGAAGAAGUUGUUAUUACACCCCCAUAUCAAGUGGAAAACUGUAAAGGCAAAGAGGGGAGUGCACUGAGCCAUGUACGCAAAAUAGUUGAAAAACAUUUUAGAGACGUGGAAAGCCAAAAGAUACUGCAGCGUUCACAAGCCCAGCAACCACAGAAGGAGGCUACCCUGUCAUCCUGAGUCCACACAUAUGGAGGACUCUUCCAGCAUCCAGCCAAGGAGGCGAUGGUGGUGGCUUCAGCGGAGGCAGGCCGGGGGAGGGAAGGGAUCCUAUAUUUCCUGUUGGCUCUUGUUAACAGAGGGUCGGCAUUUCCAAAUCUUAGACUUGAACAAAAAAAAACACCCAACAAAAGAACAAGAGAAUAAUUUAAAAGUUGAAUCAUUACUUGACUAACAGACUUUGGUCCACCAUGUCCUUUUCACAGCUCCCUUCUGGAACAGUCACCUUGUUAAUUUUAUUUUUGAAUAUUCCUUUUCUGCUCUGCCCUUUUACCUCUGACUUUCCUUUCCCAGUCUGUCUCUGCCAUUCUGUUUUUAUAAGUGGCUACACUUGCCUUCUAAGUGAUUGAAAGAAACUUUUACAUCUUCUCUUCCAAAAUAAAAGUAACAAGCUGACUGUGAUACUUAAGUUGAGACUAGAGCAGCAGACAGAGGUCUCACUUUAAAUUUUUUUUUUUUUUUUUUUUUUUUUUUUGCACAGGGCAUGGCUUGAAUUAGUUUUAUUUUUCUUAACUUUAAAUAUAUAUAUGAAAAUAUAUAUUAAAAUGUUCUCUAAAUAUUUUCUGCUUCUUGCAGGUCUCUUUUUACAAGAUCAUGGCCGCUCUUCCCACCUCAUUCCUCUGAAAAUAAAAAUUUAUUGCCCUCCCCACCACCCAUAGCCAGACAACUAACCUGACUUAGUUCACAGCGAGAAUCCUCUGCAGCACUUUGUAGAGCCAGUGUAUGCGGAUGGGAUCUGGCUUUGAAGGUUCCUGGUGGCUUUUUAGUCUUGAACUAUGUGUGUACCGUCUCAUAUUUGGCCAAAACCUCAGGAUUCUCCCUCUGCCUUUGUCUUAACUUCAUGGUACUAGAAGAACCUCCUCAUCACUCUCCUGUCUCCUAGACAGGAGCAUCAACUGCCCUUUCUCCUGUGCCCUCUGCAGGAAGAACUAUUUUGCACGGCACAUCUCAGCUCCUCCUCGAGGGAUGGUUUUCUUUCAUAAGAAACCUGGAUUCCACCUAUCCCAACCUCUUUUAAGUCUGUAUCCAGAGCCACUAGCCCAGGAGGAAGCUUGGAUGACCUAUUGUUUUUCUUCUCCUGCCAACCUCCUGCUCUUAUGCCCUUCCCCACCCCUUGAAAUUUUAUAAGCUUAUGACAGUUUGUAUGUGCUCAGCCAAUGGGCAGAAAACCUGGGAAGAAUUUCUGGACUUUAGCCCACCAGUUUGUCUGGUUUGACUAACCUGCUGAGAGCUAAAACUGGCACCUGUUACCCCUGUGCCUUCAAGGCAGUCCAGUGGGGUAGAGUGUGCCACCCUCUAAAUAUCAGGCACUGUGUGGGAGUGGGUGAUGCUCAUGUGACUGGCUAGAGCUUCGGGGGUGGGGUGGGGAUUAACUACUAUUAUUUUGGCCAUGAUCUCUUUCCCCUUCCUUUUUUUUUUAAUUAAAUAAAUGGAUCAAAAUUAAAUAAUUCAAGCCCUGCCUUCAAAAUGAAAUUUUUUUUUUUUUUAGUAUUGUUUAGCAAAAACAAUAAAACCCAAAUUUUUUUAACCAUCA